AGCGGGGCGACUUCCGGUGUGGCGCUGGGCCGAGUUGCCUUCAGGUCCGAUUGGCCGGCGGGAGAGAGAGAGACAGACACCCGAGAGGGACACGGAGCAGUCGGCAUCAUGCUGUCGCUGGACUUUCUGAACGAUGUGCGGCGUAUGAAUAAGCGGCAGCUGUAUUAUCAAGUGUUGAAUUUUGGUAUGAUUGUAUCAUCUGCACUGAUGAUAUGGAAAGGACUGAUGGUCCUCACAGGGAGUGAAAGUCCAAUUGUAGUUGUACUCAGUGGGAGUAUGGAACCUGCAUUCCAUCGAGGGGAUCUUCUAUUCCUGACAAAUCGAGUUGAGGAUCCCAUUAGAGUUGGUGAAAUUGUUGUCUUCAGAAUUGAAGGACGAGAAAUUCCAAUAGUACACAGAGUACUGAAAAUUCAUGAGAAAGAAAACGGUGACAUCAAGUUCCUGACGAAAGGUGACAACAACAGUGUUGAUGAUAGAGGCCUGUACAGGCAGGGACAACAUUGGCUAGAGAAAAAAGAUGUUGUGGGAAGAGCUCGUGGGUUUGUUCCUUAUAUAGGCAUUGUGACCAUUCUCAUGAACGACUACCCAAAAUUUAAGUAUGCAGUGCUCGUUCUGCUGGGUUUGUUUGUGCUGGUCCAUCGAGAGUAAAGACUGGGUGGACUUGACCUGAGGAUAGGAGUGGAGUUUCGCACCCAAGGCCAAAGUUCCAGAUGACCAGCCGUCGUGCACUCCUGCAGCUAUUCCCAGGGGCUUCUGCUUCCUGACAGAUGUUGAUUCAGUGUUUUUAAUGAAGGUCUGUACAGUAGAAACUUAAGUGAUGGACAGAAAGAUGCCAUCUUCCACGCAAAAGCUUUUGGAUUCUGCAUCUCAAAUUUCUAUUGCAAAGUGAUAUUGGUGAAUGUGGCAGGGAGGGGAAAGUGUAGGGGGGUGGUGGGAGGAAGGUAUGGUUGGGGUGAGUGGUUUGAAAUCUGAUGACGCCAAUACUAAGUUGUAUCUCCCAGCUUGGACCUUGUAUGGCUUGGCGCCACUGCUGUUCCAGUACAGAUUAAAAGUGUUCCAUCCUGCAGUGUUGUGUGUCAGCUCUUUGCCUACAGACGUCAGCACACCACCUCUCCUCAGUGUCAGGUUUAUGAUCUGGUGACUGACUCGGAAGCUGGCCAGAGGGCAGUUGUUCCUGUAAGUGGGUUCGCUGGCACUGGCCUGCUGGCAGUUUGUUCUCCUGAUGUACUGACCAGUGAAUCCCAGUUCACACCCCAGAAACACCAACUGAUUACAUACCUCCUGUACCAUUGACAGGAGGUAGAUCUUGUAACUCCACAAAGGAUUCAUCGAGUUCAUACCUGAUCUAAUAAUCCCAGCACCAUUUUCAAGCUCCAUCUCUUCUGUGUGACUUUCAGGGGAGGGAAAGGGAAUAGGCAGCCAGUGCAGAGUACUCUUGUGGCCAAACCUCUCAAUAGGUAUAUCGCUCUGGAUAGGAAGGACAAGGGGGACCAGGUCUAUGGCACUGAGUCUGGUUCUGUGGCACAGAAGGGAAGAGGGGUGGAGAUGAGUGCAGUAGUGAUAGGGAGUUCCUUCUGUGGACAUGUAAGAGACACCCAGGUGAUAAUGACAUUCUCCCAGGUGCCAGGGUCAGGGGUGUCUCGGAUCAGGUCCAUGGCACUCUAAAGGGGAGAGUGAACACCUGAAAGUCAUACAUAUACAAUGAUUUGUGUAGAAAAGGGAGGGGGUCUUGAAGAGAGCGAGUAGGGAGUCAGGCAGAAAGCUGAAAAGCAGGACCUCCAGGUGGUAAUCUCUGGAUUGCUGACUGUGCCAUGGGCCAGUGAAGGUAAGAAUAAGAUGAUUUUGCAGAUGAAUGUAUGACUGAAGAAUUGGUGCAGGGGUUCAGAGUUUCAGAUUUCUGGAUCAUUGAGAUCUUUUCUGGGGAAAGUUUGACCUAUACAAAAAGGAUAGAUUAUGCUUGAACCCAAAGGAUACCAAUGUUCUAGCAUGUUGGUUUGCUGAGCUGUUGGGGAGGGUCUAAACUAAUUUGGCAGGGGGGGGGGUGGGAUCCGGAGUGAUAGAGCAGAGAAUGGAGCAGUUUGUAUACAACUAAGUGCAGUGUGUGCUGCGACUGAGAGGAAGGAUAGGCAGAUAAGGAAAAAUUGCAGUCAGUGGGAUGAGUUGAAAUGUCACAGGGGCCAAAAUCAAAAAGGGUGAUGAAUACAGGACAGAAGGUUUUGUAUUCAAAUACACACAGUAUACAGAAUAAGGUAGAUGAUCUUGUAGCUCAGUUCAAAAUUGGCAGUUAUGAUGUUGUGGGCAUCUCUGAAUUGUGGCUGAAGGAAGAUCAUAGUUGGGAGUUUGACAUCCAAGGAUGCACAUUGUAUGGACAGGCAGGUAGGCAGAGGGGUGAGAGUGGAUAUUGGAGCGCUGGAAAAUGACACUGGACGGGUAUUGAUGGGGCAAAGAAAUGGCAGAUGAACAUAAUAAAUAUUUUCAUCAGUCUUUGCUGAGGAAGAUACUGGCAGAAUGCCAGAAAUGCAAGAGUGUCAGGGGCAGAAAUGAGUGUCAUUGCUAUUACUAAGGAGAAGGUGCUUGGGAAGCUGAAAAGUCUGAAGGUCGAUAAGUCACCUGGACCAGAUACCAGUGUUCUGAAAGAGGUAAUUGAAGAGAUCUUUGACACAUUAGUAAUCUUUCAAGAAUCAGAUUGUGGAAUGGUUCCUGAGGAAAGGAAUGUUGCAAAUGUCAAUCCACUCUUUAAGAAGGGAGGUAGGAAGACAGGAGAAAGGAAAUUCUAGGCCAGUUAGCCUGACUUCAGCGGCUGGAAAGAUGUUGGAGUCUAUUAUUAAGGGUGACAUUUCGGGGUACUUGGAGUCGCAUGAUAAAAUAGGUCAACGUCAACAUGAUUUUCUGAAGUAGAAAUCUUGCGUGCCAAGUUUGUUGGAAUUCUUUGAGGAAAUAACAGGCAGGAUAGAAAAGGAGUUAGUGAAUGUUGUUUAUUUAGAUUUCCAGAAGGUCUUUUACCUCCUCCCAGUCAGCCAAUCUUCUAUCCAUGCUGGUAGCUUUCCUGUAAUUCCGUGGGCUCUCUCGUGUGCAACAGCUUGUCAGAGUGGGAAUAAAGAGGGCCUUUUCUGGUUGGCUGCCAGUGACAGUGGUGUGCCACAGGGGUUGAUGUUGCGACCACUUCUUUUCAUCACAUUAUACAUAUGUUAGUGAUUUUGAUAAAGGCUUCGUGGCCAGGUUUGCAGAAGAUACGAAGAUAGGUGGUGGGGCAGGUAGUGUUGAGGAAGCAGGGUGUCUGCGAAAGGGCUUGGACAGACUGGGGGAAUGGGCAAAGAAGUGGCAGAUGGAGUAUAGUGCAGGGAAGUACAUGGUAAUGCACUUUGGCAGAAGGAAUAAAGGCAUGGGCUGUUUUCCAAAUGGGGAGACAACUCAGAAAUCAGAGGUGCAGAGGGGCUUGGCAGUCCCUGUUCAGGAUUCCCUGAAGGUUAACUCAGAGGUUGCAUUGGUGGUAAGGCAGGCAAAUGCAACGUUAUUAUUCAUUUCAAGAGGACUAGAAUAGACUAGAAGCAAGGGUGGAAUGGUGAGAAUUUAUAAGGCAUUAUAAAGACUUUAUCCUGCACUUGGGGUAUUUGAGCAAUUUUGGACCCUUCUCUAAAGCUGUGCUAGCAUUGGAGAGGGUCCAGAGGAGUUCACAAGAAUGAUCCCAGAAAUGAAAAUUUUCAUCUAUGAGGAGUGUUUGAUGGCUGUGGACCUGUACUUGCUGGAGUUUAGAAAAUUAAAGGGGGAAUUUCAUUGGAAUAUAUUGAAUGGCUUAGGUAGAGUGGAUGUGGAGAGGAUGUUUCCUAUAGUGGUGGAGUCUAUGACUAGAGAGCACAGCCUCAGAAUUGAGGCACAUCCAUUUAGAACAGAGGUGGGAAAAAUAUCUUUUGCCAGAGAGUGUGGUGAAUCUGUGGAAUUCAUUGCCACAGACAACAGUGCAUUCCAAGUCGUUGGGUAUAUUUAAGAUGGAGUUUGAUAGGUUCCUGAUUAAUCAGGGUGUCAGAGGUUACAGGGAGAAAGGAGAAUGGGGUUAAGAGGAUUAAUAAAUCAGCCAUGAUGGAAUGGCAAAGUGGACUCGAUGGGCCAAAAGCCCUAAUUGUGCUCCUACGUCUUUGGUUUUACAGAACAUUAUCAGUGACUGACCCUGUAGAUUAUAGUAUACCAAAGAUUUGUCAUUUGUACCUGAAUAAAUUUCUCCUCUGCUCUGCCCUGAAUCCUGUGUUCAGAAACUUUGUUCUGGUCUGAACCACUUCCUCUCAGGGGAAGCAUGCUCCUUGCUUCAAGCUUCCUGCACCCUUUACGAAUCUAGCUAGUAUCAAUAGAUUACUUCUCCUAAACUGGAGAAAGCUGUCCUGGUACUGUCCAUAUCUUGUAAAGGAAGCAGGAUUCCUGGAUCCAGGCUGGUGUCAGCUACCAUCUAUACCUUUCAUUCCUUUUCUGUGGGGAAAGACUGCAUACAAGUACAUUUGUUUCUGAUGACAUGUUGGCAGUUAAUUUUAAUUAAGUGUUUAUGGGUGGAAGUUCUUUGGUAUUGUUGGUAAAAUCUUGGAUUAUACAGACAAGCCUGGCAUACUCAUACUUAAUGUGAGGCUGUAUUUGUAAACCCUAAUACAGUUCUCUGAAGCUGCUUGUCUUAAUUUUGAUUAGUAAUAGACAAUAUGGUCAGUACUUUUCUCCAGUAUAUUCUCUGCAUACUGGGACUUUUAUGGAUAAUUUUUGUAUUUUUGUGCCCCAAAUUCUGCUCAUCAUUCUUCUUUUGGCCUGCUCUCCUUUGCACCGGCUUUUGUCGUUCGAAAGGACAAGCUAAAUUGGACUUUGUGUACUGACCAGUUUUUCUCUGCAACCAACAAUAUCUUUUGUUUCUUUCUUAACUAAAUCCCCUGAAAAUGGGUGCUAUUAUUUUUAAUUUACAGUUGAAUUAAAUAACACUGAAUGUGACUUUAUUAUUCUGUCAUUGAUAUUUCUGGCACAAUAUUUUGGAAGCAGAGCCCCUUGUUUUCAUGCUGAUUCCAAUUUACUUCGGUUAUACUGUGACCUUGCACCCAGAAACCCACAAGAAGUCCCUUCUCAGUAAUUUUUUUUGGAGAGAGAGGUUGAGCGUAAGAUUCAGUGUAUCAAUAAAACUAUUUCUGUGAUGUUUUUCA